UGUGAGUCUGCUGCUGUUUUGUUCCUUCAGUUUUGCACCAUUGUUAUACCCAAAUUGCUUUUGACACACUCAGAAAGUUAAGAAUUGCCAGUACUGAAGUCAUGUUUAAAACCUUAGACUCUGAAGUUGAUUAUAAAAAAGCGGACCCCCAAUUUUUUUUGGAAAGAUGGCAGCAGGGUCAAAGUAAGUGCAUGUACCGCUUGAAGGCAAUGGGAGUCAUCAUGUGCCUUUUGUAUGCAUCAUAUGCCAGAAUGACUCUAAAGGAUGAGGAAGCCAUUAGCACUGCUCUAGUGACCAAAUGUUUUCUUCCUCUUCUCCAAACUGAUUUGCCAGAUUAUUUUCGGGAACUAGAUUCAGGCCCAAUUAGGGCACAGGAUGGGGUAGUCUUCUGUGACAUUCUCUUGUCACCAAGGGUGCUUGUUAGAGAGGUGGCUGAUGCCACCUGAUAUUUGUAUUAUUCAAAGCUAGGGCUUGAGGUGUGGCCUUGGUCUUUUAAGAUCAACAUCACCACUGAGUCCCUAGAGAAGAGACAAGGAGAGGAAGAUGGAAAGAGGUUGGUUCCACAGGGAAGAAUUCUUGCUCUGCCUCAUUCUCCACCUGCUGCUUCAAGGAAGAGGAAAUAUAUUCACCAUCAAUUGCUCAGGCUUUGAUCAGCAUGGGGUGGACCCUGUUGCCUUCCAGGGUUUACAGAAGGCUUUCCGUCCAGCCAUCAACAACAGCAUCCCCACCCAUGUCAACAUCUCCUUCACCCUGUCUGCCAUCUUGGAAGUGGAUGCACGGCUUCAACUGAUGACAUCAUUCCUGUGGCUAAAUGUGAUCUGGUAAAAUCCAUCCAACAGGUGGGACCCGGAGGAGUGGGGGGGCAUCAGGAAGCUCAGCAUGGCAUCUGAGAUCCUUUGGCUUCCAGAUAUCUUCCUUGAGAAGUUCAUGGAUGUCAAUCAGGCACCCACAGGGCUCAUGGCUUAUGUCAACAGUGAAGGUCGCAUUGAAUAUGAGCCAAUGCACAUCACCAGCAUCUAUAACCUGGACAUCUUCUAUUUCCCCUUUGAUGAACAGAGCUGCACAUUCACCUUUAGCUCUUUCAUCUACACGGUGGAGAAUAUGGUCCUGGGCAUGGAGAAGGACAUGCAGGAGAUUUUGAACAUGUCAUGGAACCUCAUUAGGAGCAAGGGGGAGUGGGUACUUCUGGGUACCCACCAGAGAAUGAAGAAGAUAACUAUGGAUGCCAACCGGUAUGACCAAAUCAUUUUCUAUCUGAACUCAGGGGCCCUGGUGGCCAUCAGGUGCACGCCCAGCCUCUACGUCAUAAACCUUCUGGUGACCAGUAGUUUUCUGGUUGCCAUUGACACCCUCAGCUUCUACCUGCCAGCAGAAAGCAAGAACCGGGCCCCAUUCAAGACGACACUUCUGCUGGGCUACAACGUCUUCCUGCUCACAGUGAAUGACUUACUCCCAGCCACUGGCACACCCCUCAUCAGUGUCUACUUCGCCCAGUGCCUGUCGCUGAUGGUCAGCCUGCUGGAGACCAUCUUCAUCACCUACCUGCUGCACCUGGCCACCACCCAGCCCCCUCCCAUGCCCUGGUGGCUCCAUUCCCUGCUUCUCCACUGCACCAGCCCAGGAAAAUGCUGCCCCCUUGGGCCCCAGAAGGGAAGUAAGGGCCUGAGCCUCACCCCACCCACCUGCCUUGUAAGGGAGUGUGAAGCAUCCCUUCAAGUUGUGGGCAAGGUGCCAGGGCCCAGAGAGGCAGAGCUCAGUGGAUGCCCUGGGUCAGGAAGGGCCCAGCAGGAAGACAAGGCUCAGAAGCAGCAUCUGGUUGGCCUGUGGGUGCAGUUCAGCCACAUGAUGGACACCCUGCUCUUCUGCCUCUACCUGCUCUUCCUGGCCACCUCCAUCAUCACGGUCAUCGUCCUCUGGAACACCGAGGCAGAUAGGCACCUGCAGGCCCCAGUCUGA